CACCACCAAAACCACACCAACACCAACACCAACACCAACACCAACACCCCACAACCAGCACAAUGGCCCUGAAUCCAAACGAGUGGACCGAGAAGGUCCAGGAAAUGUACCUGGAGGCCAAGAACGUGGCCAUCAACAACAAGAACGCAUACAUGGACCCCAUCCACUUUGCCGUGGCCCUGUUUGAGGACGAGGGCGGCCUGCCCCAGCGCGUCGUGCAGAAGAGCGGCGCCAGCCUCGACGCUGUUGAGGGCGCCAUGCGCUCCCUGCUCAAGGCCAUCCCGCAACAGGACCCGGCCCCCGUGGACGUGUCCACGUCUCACAAGGCGCUGCGCUUCCUGCAGAACGCGCAGAAGAAGCAGAAGAAGAACGAUGAGGCGCACUUGGCCAUCGACCACCUGCUGCUGGCCCUCGUGCAGGAGAAGGACAUCCUGCAGGCGCUUGCGGGCUGCGGCCUCGCCAAGGACCGCUUCGAGGAAAUUGUCAAGAAGAUCAAGGGCACCACGCGCGCCAACACCAAGACCGCAGAGAGCACAUACGACGCCCUCGGCAAGUACGGCGUGGACCUCGUGCAGCGCGCGGCAGACGGCAAGCUCGACCCCGUCAUUGGGCGCGACGAGGAGAUUCGCCGUGUGAUCCAGAUCCUGGCCCGCCGCACCAAGAACAACCCCGUGCUCGUCGGCCCGCCAGGCACGGGCAAGACCGCCAUCGUCGAAGGCCUCGCACAGCGCAUCCUCAACGGCGACGUGCCAGAGACGCUCAAGGCGCGGCUGGUCUCGCUGGACAUGGGCGCGCUCAUCGCCGGCGCCAAGUACCGCGGCGAGUUUGAGGAGCGGCUCAAGUCUGUGCUGGACGAGGUGAAGCAGGCCGAGGGCAGCAUCAUCCUCUUUGUCGACGAAAUCCACACCGUGCUCGGCGCAGGCAAGACGGAGGGCAGCAUGGACGCAGCCAACCUGCUCAAGCCCAUGCUCGCGCGCGGCGAGCUGCGCAUGAUUGGCGCCACCACGCUCGACGAGUACCGCAAGCACGUAGAGAAGGACGCCGCCUUUGAGCGACGCUUCCAGAUGGUGCACGUGUCCGAGCCCAGCGUCCCGGACACAGUGUCCAUCCUGCGUGGCCUCAAGGAGCGCUACGAGGCGCACCACGGCGUGCGCAUCCAGGACGCGGCACUCGUCACGGCGGCGCAGCUGGCCGACCGCUACAUCACGCAGCGGUUCCUGCCAGACAAGGCCAUCGACCUGGUGGACGAGGCAUGCGCCAAAACGCGCGUGCAGCUUGACUCGCGUCCAGAGGAGAUUGACGCGCUGGAGCGGCGCAAGCUGCAGCUGGAGGUCGAGGCGACUGCGCUCGGCAAGGAGAAGGACAAGAUGUCCAAGCAGCGGCUGAAGGAGGUGAAGAAGCAGCUGGCCGACAUUGAGGAGCAGCUGGGCCCGCUCAAGAUGAAGUUUGAGAUGGAGCGCGGGCGCGUGGACGAGAUGCGCGAGCUGCAGGAGAAGCUGGACAACCUGCGCAACAAGGUGCAGCGCGCAGAGCGGGCGGGGGACCUGAGCACGGCGGCCGACCUCAAGUACUACGCCAUCCCGGACUGCGAGAAGCGGCUGAAGCAGCUGAUUGAGGAGCAGGAGAAGCGACAGCAGGAGCAGCAGAGCAUGGACGUCUCGGACGAGGACAAGCCCAUGCUCUCUGAGGAGGUGGGCCCGGACCAGGUGACGGAGAUUGUCGCGCGGUGGACGGGCAUCCCCGUGAACAAGCUCAGCCAGUCGCAGCGCGAGCGCCUGCUCACCCUGGAGGAGAAGAUUGAGCAGCGCGUGGUUGGCCAGACGGCCGCCGUCAAGGCCGUGUGCGAGGCGGUCCUGCGCAGCCGUGCGGGCCUCUCGCGCCCGAACCAGCCCGUCGGCUCGUUCCUCUUCCUCGGGCCCACCGGCGUCGGCAAGACGGAGCUUGCCAAGGCGCUGGCCAUGGAGCUGUUUGACGACGACAAGCACAUUGUGCGCGUCGACAUGUCCGAGUACAUGGAGUCGCACUCUGUUGCGCGCCUGAUUGGCAGCCCACCCGGGUAUGUCGGCUACGAGGAGGGCGGACAGCUCACGGAGGCGGUGCGCCGGCGGCCGUACAACCUCAUCCUGCUGGAUGAGGUGGAGAAGGCGCACAAGGACGUGCUGAACGUGCUGCUGCAGCUGCUCGACGACGGCAUUCUCACGGAUGGCAUGGGCCGCACCGUCGACUUCACCAACACGGUGGUGGUGCUGACCAGCAACAUUGGCGCACCCAUCCUGCUCAGCGGCAAGGUGGACCCGGAGACGGGAGACCUGGACGAGAACACGCGCACGCAGGUGAUGCACGAGGUGCAGUCGUACUUCCGCCCAGAGUUCCUGAACCGGCUGGACGACGUGAUCAUGUUCAAGCCGCUGCAGAAGCACGCCCUGCGCACCAUCUGCCGCAACAUGGUUGAGCAGAUCAACGAGCGCCUUGCCGACCGGGACAUCACCCUCGACUGCACCGACGCCGCAUGCGAUGUGAUUCUCCUCAACAGCUUCCACCCGCAGUACGGCGCCCGCCCCGUGCGCAGGUACAUUGAGAAGCAGGUGGUCACGGCCAUGUCGAAGAAGAUGCUGUCCAAUCAGGUCCCCAAUGGUUCACGCGUGACGAUUGACGGCGACAAGCAGCGCCAGGAGCUGACCUACUCAGUGCAGGCAGCCAAGCGCCCGCGCAUGAUGAUGGACUCCACCAGCGAGGAAUAAACGCGCAAGGAACCACGAUAUCUGAUGCUUGACGGAUGGAUGGAUGGAUGAUUUCAUGGAUGGAUGACUGAUGAAUGAUGGCCCCUCAUCAGCUGCUGUGCGGUUAAGAUGUGGGCUUGUUCACUCAAGUGAUUGUGUGUUGAGUCGCCAUGUGAUGUGACGUAUGUGUGUGUGUUUGUUUGUUUUCAUGUACUGUCCUUCCUUGUAUGUUGCCCAUCAUUGUUCUCUUGAUCCACGUUACUUUUUUUGUUGUUUUGAGUUAUGAUGCUUCGAUAACUGACUGUCAUCAGCAAUACAAUGCCACAAACGAA